AUGCUAGUGACUGGAAAUACUUUCCAUGGCUCUAUCGAGGAGUUUCCAAGCAUUAGCAUCGAUAAGUUUAAUACUCUGUCUGAUAUAUUCAUUUUGACUCAUUCCCAUUCUGACCACUUGGUGGGCUUGACAAACAAAUCUUUUAAUAGUGUUGUUUAUUGCAGUGAAAUGACGAAAAAAAUCAUUUCCGAUGAUAUUAAAUAUUCCGAUAUUGUACAUCUACUUCGACCACUAGAGUUCAACCGGCAAUAUAAUUUUCUUAUCCAUGGAAACAAGAUCAAUAUUGUUUUGAUUCCUUCGUAUCACUGCGCAGGGUCUAGUAUGGUUCUUUUGACUGGAAACGGUAAGUCAAUUCUAUUUACUGGUGACAUAAGAGCUGAAGAUUGGUGGACUUCAUCUUUGAGAAAAAAUUCAUAUCUUUAUCCAUAUACUACCUCUUUGAGAACUUUAGACAAUAUUUACUUUGAUUCGACUUUUGCUUAUAGAGGAGAACCUUUUAUAGAAAUGUUAUCCAAUGAAGAUGGUAUGGAAGCAGCUGCAAAAUUAAUUAGCCUUUAUCCCUCUGAUGACCCCGAUGUUCAAUUUUUCUUCACAGAUAACACGCUUGGGUUUGAUGAAUGUUGGGCUAGUAUAGCAGAUUUAACACAAGGUGAGCUACAUACGUCACUGAAAAAUGGGAAUCGCAUGAAAUUACUCGAAGAAGCAGGACAGAAGCCUACUAGAACUUAUAGACAAGAUAUUCUGGCUGAAAAAAUGAAAGUAUUUCAUGCUUGUGGGAAAUUUCCAGACGAUUGUCAGAUUAAGUUCAAACCAAAAUUUUCUGUCAGGAUAAAGCAAUGCAUUGAUUUCAAUAUCAGAGAUUAUGUUGCGUCAUUUGUGCCCCUACUGCUUGGUACUCUAAGUUCAUCUGAGAAAGAACACAAUCUUUUGCUUCGAGAUGAAACUGCAAUGGGAAAUCAAAUCUAUCAUUUCAGAAAUCGUGAUUGGAUUCUACCUAAAAAUACUCAAGAACUUUUACCUGCUGAUAUAAAACUUGUGUUUUCUAGACACUCGUCAUAUUCAGAAAUAAAGGAAUUCAUAUCCCUUUUCACACCUAAACAAGUGUACCCAUGCACAGAAUCAAAGAAUACCUGGAUAAAUGGGUUUUCAAUGUCGCGAGUCUUUGGUUCGGUAUGCUUAUCGUCUUCAUUCUCGUAUGAUCUCAAGAAACAAGUUGAAUGGGGAUCCAUACCAAAUUUGAAUCUUACUCGGCCAGUAACGACAGUGAAUAGAUGGAGCAUUUCACAAUGCCAAAAUGAGGAAGACUUUGUUAAAGGAAUUCUCACUCGCCUGGGUGGUUCCAUCAGGGAAUACAUGCAUGACAAAUUACAACUUUUAGGUGUUGGUGAUCGGGGACUUUCGAAGCAAGAACGAAAAGAUCGCAAGUUGCCCAAAUUCAUUGAAGGCCGUAGGGAAGAAAAAUUCAAGAUAUUUAUUGAAGAACAACAGCGUAAAUACAAUAAAUAUUUCAAUGGUCCAUUGAACAAUUCAGAUAUCGGCAGUGACUAUACUGAUUCUUCAUUGGAUACGAGAGCCCAAUCUGAUUACCAUAUGAAUUCCAGUUCUUCAUCUUCCAGCAAAUCUUCUAAAUCUAGAAAGACUCAGGAAACCUGGUCUCCAUCGCCAAAGAUCUCAUCUGUACAAAGAAAGUCCCGCCCGAGAUUGAACCGAAUUCACAAACCCAACAAAAUAAGAUCAAAAUAUCUUGAUUGCUCUUUUGUUCAUUCAAGUUUCAAUUCUUUCGAAGUAUCCAUGGCUAGGGUUUCCUUUACUGGGAAACUUUCGAUAUCUGAAGCACCAGAGAAAGUUCCAUCGGAAUCUAAAACGUCCAGCCAAGAAAGCAUCUACUACAAAACGGGAGUCUUGAUAGAUUAUAAUAGAGUAGAUCAAGUUGCUGAGGAAUUGAAAACCAAUUCGUCUAAUUGGUUUGGUUUUAAUCUCCAGUCUACUGCUCCCUAG